UGUUAAAUGCCCCUCACCCCCAGCGCUCGGCUGCUCCACUGCGGCCAGACACAGACAGACACAAACAGAGACAGACACACAGACUCUCUUCAUCGAGUAUCACGAGACCAGCGCUGUCCGCAGCACGAUAAAAAUAUCUUUGUCGUUUUUUGUUGUGUGUAGUUUGAAACUUUGUUGCGCUGAGUGUGGGAUAGAAGCAAGCUUUCAGAGCUCUUGUAUAUCAUCGUGUUCAGUGGCACAUAGUUUUGAGCGCAUUUCACCCACGAUGUCCGCCAACACGCAGCAGAGCAAGUGCUGCCCCAUUCCCACGCGUGUCCUGCACCUCAAAGACUGGUCCCAGCUCCCAGACUGCUACAGCCAGACCCCUGGAGGAACGCUCUUCUCCACCACACCAGGGGGAACUCGGAUCAUUUAUGACAGAAAAUUCCUCCUGGACUGCAGGAACUCUCCCAUUGCUCGGACCCCACCCUGUUGUUUGCCCCAGAUUCCUGGGGUGACCGUUCCUUCACACCAUCCAAUGUCCAAACUGCAGGAACUCAAAGAGGAGUUGGAGGAGGAGAAGGAUCUGGCAGCUGAUGACAACCAGUUUGAGAUGGACAUCUGAGUCUUUCAUCUACCUCCUGUGGAGAAUUCUUUAUUUUAUCUGUCGGGAUGUUGCUGCUUACCCCACGAUCAGCGGACAUCACAUAUUCACCAGAUUACAGGGCUUUUUAAUGAGCUAAACAGCCAAAGGGUGUCUUAUUCUUUUGUUUAAAAGUAUUUGAUAGACGUUUGCCAGAAGAAAAAGAAGAAAAAAAAAAACAUUUUCAAGUGGCAGUGAUUUAAAGUUCUUUAUUGUACAUAUGGCACUUUCUACUUUUUUUUUUUUUUUAAGAAAAUGUAGCAUAACGUGUGAGCCGGGGGAAAUCCGUGGCAAAAUCUCUAAUUUCUGAGCUUUAUAUCUCAACAAACAUUGUUGAUUGUUUAAUGGUAAAGAUCGAUCAUAUGCCAAAUACAUGUCUGUUGCAUAAGUUUGGUGUUUCACCUCAAAAAGCAGAUCAGAAUAUAAAUGUACACCAUUGUGUGCCCUCAGGGUUUUCCUUUUGUUUCAUUUUUUGUCUGGAUUUCUCAGGUUUUAUUAUUUUGAUUGAAAUAAAAAAGAAAAAAAGAAAGAAAAGAAAAAUAUUUGUCAUUUGAUCUGUUUAGAGUUUUAGAAAAUGUCAUACUGGGAUACUGCUAUACAUCUUGGGCUUCAAAUUUGCAUAACUCGCCUACAAAAACCAUGGGGACUUCCCUCUACUGCUAAAAGCAUGUUACUUCUGUAAACUAGAUUUGAAUUUACAGAAAGAAUUGUCAGAACUUGCAAGGCAGCAACAUUUAUAAGCUAAAAUAUGAAGCAAAAAAUUGGCCACAUGAAAAAUUUUGUCAUAAAGUAAAUAUGACUGUCUUAGAGCAAAACACUAGAAGACACAAAUUAACUUAAAGAACAAAAUGUGUUUAAAAGUUUGGGGUUUGUAAUAUUCUUUUUAAAUGUUUUUGCUUAAGUCUUUUAUGCACCAAUGCUGCAUUUAUUUGAUAAAGAGGAAACAGUAUUGUAAAAUAAAAGUUAUUUUAAUAGAUUCUAAAAUAAGUAAUCUAUUACUCCAGGCUUCAGUGUCACAUGAUCCUUCAGAAAUCCUUCUAAUUAUGCUGAUUUGAUGCUUCAGAAACAUUUCUUAUAAACGUUGAAAACAGUUUUGCUGACUGUUUUUGUGGAAAUUGUAAUAGAACAUUUAUUGAAAUAUACAUUUUAUUAUACGUCUUUACUGUCACCUUUAAUCAAUUACAUGCAUCCUUAGAGUAGUACUACUUUCUUUAAACUUUUGACAAACUUUUGUAACAGUAGUGUAUGCCCUACAUAUCUACAGGUUAGGCUGGUUAGCAUGGCCUCUGCUGGUAGAAACUGUUACUACACACCAUGCCAUAAUUUUAGACACCUUUCUAAAAAUGUUUUAACUCACUCCAAGUCCUCUGCACAUAUCAGCUCAAUGAAAAACGUAAAAAAAUUUGCUGUUGCUUUAAAUAGAAUAGAAAGUUAAAAAAGCAGAACUGAAAGAUGCCUGUCCAACCAACCUUACAACCAAGUUUUUACUUUCACUUUGUACAGUAAUAAUGCAUUUAUCACAGACGUUCUAAUUUCUUCAAAUGCAAACUAGAUUUUAUUGGUUAAGACAACUUCAUUAUGCAAAUGAUACGCAAAAGACUUAGACAUCUUAAAAAUCAAGUUUAUUUCUUGAAAUUUGUCCAAGACACUGGAGAAAUGUGUAUCCAGUGUUUCGAGAAAGAAUCAUGUUACAGUUACCUGUGUAUGUUUUGAGGUAUAGCUGAAUCACUAUUAAAGCCACUCUUAAAUAUCUAACAAGAUGAGAGGAUCUCUCCUUUGAAACAGUAGAGAGAAAAAAAAAACAAAACAAAAAAAAAUAAAAAUAAAAG